AUGGAAGCAAUAGAUAUUGGUUAUCGUUUAUUUGAUUGUGCUUAUAGUUAUCAAAAUGAAUUACAAAUUGGCCAGGGCAUUCGCGCUAAAAUAGAAGAUGGCACAGUUAAACGAGAAGAAUUAACCAUUGUGUCAAAGGUAUGGAAUACAUUUCACAGUCAAUCAGCUGUAUAUGAGAGUUGUCAGAAAGCUUUACAAGUGUUUGGCUUAACAUAUAUUGAUAUCUACCUUAUUCAUUGGCCAAUGGGCUUUAAGGAAAAUAAAGACCAAAUUAUUCCAAUUGAGAAGGGAAAUGUAUUAUUUUCUGACAUUGAUUACUUGGAAACAUGGAGAGGUAUGGAAAACUGUUUUAGAAACGGUUUAGUCAAAGCUAUUGGUGUAUCCAAUUUUAAUCAAGAACAACUAUCACGUUUAAUAGACAAAUGUUUUAUUUUACCUACAAUAAAUCAAAUUGAAUGUAAUCCUCACAUGAAUCAAAGUGCUUUGAGAGCAUUUUGUAAGGACUUUGGAAUUGUAAUAAUGGCAUAUGCUCCAUUAGAACGUGGUUUAAAAAUUCAAUUUGGAAAAAUACCGUCUUUAUUUGAGGAACCAAUACUAAAGCAAUUACAGAGAAAAUAUAAGAAAACAUUAUGUCAAAUAAUAAUUCGUUAUUUGAUUCAAUUAGGCACCAUUCCAAUACCAAAAACGAUUAACAAAAGAAGACUUAAAGAAAAUAUUAACGUGUUUAAUUUUAACCUCACGCGUAUUGAUAUGGAAAAAAUAGAUACUCUAAACCAUAAUAUAAGACAUUAUCUAUUUUUGGAAGCUGAACAACACCAACAUUAUCCAUUUGACAUUUAUUGGAAUCGUCAGUAA